CAACAUUUUUUUUCAAUCCAGAACCCUCGCUAGUUUACGUAUAGGAAAGUAACGGGGGGGGAUUAAUCGGGUUAGUGGAUGACACUUUUUUCUGCGUUUUCGAAAUAUUUCGCAGAAAAUAUGAGAUCGUACGGGUACGAAUUGUACCCAUGAUUUAUUAUACAUUUAUGGCUCCUCGGAAUGCGGUGACGUCAUCCGGAUCGUUCUGGAAGAGCCCUGCAGGACAAUAAUGGCGGAUUUGUAUGCGAAAUACAACUGUACGUAUUGUCAAGAAGACAUCACGGGUCUGCGUGUUAAAUGCGUCGAAUGCCCAGAUUUCGACCUCUGUUUGCAGUGCUUUUCCGCUGGAGCUGAAAUUGGUCAACACAAAAAUGAUCACUCUUAUCAAUUUAUGGAUUCUGGUACCAUUAGUAUAUUUAAUGGACGAGGCAAUUGGACUGCCAGAGAACAACUUAGACUUUUGGAUGCCAUUGAACAAUUUGGCUUUGGAAAUUGGGAGGAUAUCAGUAAACAUAUCGAAACUAGGACACCGGAAGAAGCGAAAGAAGAAUAUAUUGCUAGGUAUUUGGAUGGUAAUAUUGGAAAACAUACAUGGCCACCUACAGAAAGCUAUACGCCAAAUCUUACGGAUCAAACUAAGUCAGAUAAUGGACCAUUAUCCCCUGAUCUCACAUCCCGAUUACCUCCGCUCGAUAUAACACCGGAGGAAGCUGCUCAAUUGGGGUAUAUGCCUCAACGAGAUGAUUUUGAAAGAGAUUAUAAUCAUGAAGCAGAGUCUCUUGUUUCAUCAUUAUUUUUGAAUCCAGCAGAAGAUGAUGAUCUCGACAUAGCACUUAAGCUAGCACAAGUUGAUAUGUAUACUAAUAAUUUAAGAGAAAGAGCUAGAAGAAAACGUGUCGUACGAGAUUAUCAACUUGUGUCCGCUUUCUUUGCAUCAUCUAGAAAAGAUAGAGGAGUAAAGAAGAGACAAACGAAGGAAGAAAAAGAAUUUAGGGACAGAAUGAGGACUUUUGCACAAUUUUAUACUGCACAGGAAUAUGAACAGUUCCUAACGAAUCUUGAAAGAGAAAGAGAACUUCGGUUACGACUUUCGGAACUUUAUCGUUAUCGGGAGCAUGGGAUAGCUAGACACGAGGAAUGUGCACAUUUUGAACAAGUUAUGGCACAGGCUCAGGGACAAAAUGAUACCGCCGAUCACUGGACAGAGAAAAAAUCUGGCAGCAGUGGGCCGUCCACACCAAUACACCGCCACACCUCAAAAAAAAGAGAAGAAGAAAAAAAUUACUCUUCCACCGACCGAAAGUCCACUGUAAAGCUAGACACAGCCAGCAGCAGCUCCACAAUCAAUCAAAUCAAUCCCAAUCGGACGAUGAUUCCAGCCAAUCAGUGGGUGGAGCAGGAUAGCAAUCCGAAUACUUCCAGUCAACAUUCUACAAGUUCCAAUUCUACUGUAGAAAAAAAUUGCUUUGUAGCAUCAUCUUCGUCGAAAGCACUCUCACAUUUGGGAGAAACAGGAGAACGGGAUAUAGAAAUGGAGGCAUCUGCACAUCUUUUAACGAAACAAGAAAAAUCAUUAUGUCUUCAGUUAGACUUGAAGCCGAUGCAGUAUUUAACACAAAAGACGUUGUUGUUACAAGAAUAUCUCACAAAUAUGAAGACAACGUUCAUUUUUCUUACCGUUCUCGCGGUAAUCGUGGUCAGUUUGGCACAGGAGUCAAUGUACACCACGAAAUUUGACAACAUCAAUGUGCAUGAAAUUUUGCACAAUGAUCGCCUACUUAAUAAUUAUGUCAAGUGUUUACUCGACCAAGGUCGUUGCACUGCCGAUGCUAGUGAAUUGAAGAAAAGUUUGCCAGACGCAUUAGAAACUGACUGUUCCAAAUGUUCCCCGAAGCAAAGAGAAUUUGCAGAGGAAGCUAUGAAAUUCUUGUCUCAUAAUAAGAAGGAUAUCUGGGAGAAACUUCUUGCCAAAUAUGAUCCAGAAAAGAAAUACAGAAGUAAGUUUGAGGAUCGUGCGAAGGAAGCCGAUAUCAAGAUCUAAGGAAUAAUUUGAAAAUGGAGAAAAUGGAAAAUGGAAAUAUGAUAGGGAGAGAAAAAGAAGAAAAGUGAUAAUUUGUGUUAAGGCAUAUCAUUGAAAAAAAGAAAAAAAAAACAAAAAA